GAUAGAUAGAUAGAUAGAUAGAUAGAUAGAUAUAGAUAGACAGAUAUAUAUAACUUUACAUUUUGUAUUGUGUAGCCCACUUAAGAAACGGGAUUUUGUUUUUCAUUAUGAUAUCGAUUAAUAAUUUGGGACUAUAAUUUUUCUUUUAUUCUUCUUGCGUUAUUUUCUAGCAGGCAAUGACUUACCCUUUUCUCAUAAAUUGGCCUUAGUUGAAAAGAAUAGUGGAUCAGCUGAUGUUGUUUACUGUCGUCCCUGUUUACAGUAAUAACGAAAGUGAAUCCACACAGCACCGAAUUUGACACGUUAGUUUGCUAAUCCCACAAAUAUUGUUAUUUUAACUUGUACGCCUAUAUAUAUAUAUAUAUAUAUAUCAUGCCUCUGUUUCUGUCUGUGGUCCUGCCAGGCUAACUACCGUGUGACGAGCAAUACCCACACUAGCACAUUUAAAAACAUGUUCAAUGUAAGUAGCAAAAUAUGCUGAAUCUCAGCCUACUAAAUAUACUUCAAUAUGUAAUAUCUUGAAGUUUGUAAAAUGUAAUGGCAUGGUACCGAUGUUACUAAUAAUAAAUUACGAUGUAUAUAAUUGGUUACAAAUUAAAUGGAUUAUGCAAGCCUAGUGUUUGUUUUUCCUACAUCACGGGUUUUGCUGUAGCUCUUACAAACACUUUUGGUUUCUGAAUUUCUAAAAUAUUUAUUUCUAAAGCACAGGUGGUUUGUGGUAACUGUUAACAUUUGAAGGUGACUUUCUUUUUAUUCAGAGAUCAUUGGAUGUUAUGUGGAUAUGUGUUAUUUUUUACAUAAAGGAUCUCGUGGUGCGUGCUGAUUCAAAGUGAAACUGUAUCCACUGCGGACGGCUAUUGGCAGAUCUCCAUAAGCGGCAAAUCAGCUGAGGAAAGAUGGAUGACAGCCCUCCGCAGCACAGGAGGUUGAGCCUGGCCAGUAUCUUCUGCCUGCUCAUCACUGUCCUUGGCAUGCUGCUGUUUGCCUUGCAGUUUCACGGUGGGGAGUUUAUUGUCGGUGACGAUGUCGCUGUUGGCCUGUACAGCUUCUGCCUUCCAAAUGAAACCACCAGAGAGAUGGAGUGUUACUCAGCAGGGAAGAUGAAAGAGUUCAACAUUAGCCUGGCUGCAAUAUUCACAGCGAGAAUUUGCACGUACACCCCCAUAGUACUUUGUCUGUUUGCCUUGUUGGCCUUCCUGAUGUACAUCUACACACAGGAUAAGUCAGUCUGGGCUUUGUUUGUGGUGAUGGUGGGGUUAUCAAGCCUUCUUCUGUUGGUUGGGAUAACGUCUUUCCUUGGUGCCACCUGUCAUUAUGUUGAUGUUUCCAAGCUCAGCCUCUCCUUCUUUCUGUGUUUUUCUGCAUGUUUUCUGCUGGGCUUGGAGACUAUUGCUAGCUGGAAUUUUUGGUGUGAUCAAAUUAGUGGAUCUAACAGUGCAAAGAGACAAUGAAAAAAAAAAAUGUGGUUGGCACACCAAGCAAACUUUAUUACUACAAUUAAACAAUCGCAGGAAAUUCAAAGUUAUAUUUUCAAAAUAUGUUUGUUUAAAAUGUAUCUUUAAAGUGUUCGUGUACCAAUAGACUUGUAAGAUUCUAAACAAGUAGGCUGUACUACUCUCAGGAUUUUUUAAUGGGUUUAACAGUAAUAAAUCAAAGUUUGGAUAAUUUCUGUAAUAAAUAUUAUAUUUUUUUACAUUUACAA